GCUCUCGGCCUGCUUCGGUGUGCGCCUGGCGUCCGGUUGCCUGAACAUGGGGAGCCUGCAGGGGGACGCCGAGGACGAGGUGGAGAUGCGGCAGCUGCGACUGGCAGCCGUGCGCGGCUUGAAGUUCGAGGACUUGGCAGACAGCCGACGCGACAGCUGCACGGACGGCGAGGAGCUGGACGUCUUCAAUGCACAAUUGAUACCACUUGAUACAUUGAGGUCGCCGGGUAUGGCGUGCUCGUUCGGGGAGGAGCAGUGGUUGAUAGCUUCCGGCAGCCAGCGAAAAUAUGGAACUACAUCGAACCUAAAGCCUGAGCGGCUUAUUAGAUACGACGUGCAGGACAACGACACACUGCAAGGCAUUGCCUUGAAACACAACGUUACGAUGGAACAGCUGAAGCGGACCAACAAGUUGUGGACAAAUGACAGCUUACACGUGCGUCGCCAGCUGCUAGUGCCAGUGCCGCUGGAGCCGAGCUCCGUCUGGUCAGACAGUGACGACAGUGUGAGCAGCCCUGCCUCGUCCGACUGUCGCAGUCUGGUUUCUGGGGCAGCGCCAACAGAUAGUGACGCCGCUCCGCCUUCGCGCACCGCCGCCGACUUCCUGAAGCAGGUGGACAGCGUCAUCGCCAGCAGUCGGAGAAACGUCUCACGACUGCAGCUGGAGUAACACUGGAAUGGAUGGCGGGCACCACCACGGAUUCAACGCUACUUCAUGAGCUGUGGGCUGCGAGGUCACCCGUGAUGGGCAGAACGCCAGUGCUUCAGGACGGGAGAAGACAUGGCAGAAGCCCCAGCGCAUACCGUAUGUCUGCUCUGAAGCCCAGGCUAGAAAUCCAGGAGUCGGUAUGCAUUUGUGCAUAUCAUAUACAUGUUUGUAAGGGUGCGGCAUGGUAGACCGGUGGAUUACAUUUUGCCGUAACACUGCAUGCAUUGUCGUGAUUUAGAGGAAGAUUAUAUUUCACUGAGUGGUAUGCUUGCUAUCAUUCAAUGAAUAAUGGAUUGAACGGGUGAUGCCGCCGCUCAUGCACGCGUGACGCUUACUGUGGGUAUAAUAUGCCGUUCAUGCAGUGUCGACCUUUGCAUUUAGCUGGGAAAGUAUCAUUUUACGCAAUAAUGUGUUAGAAACCUACUCAUCUGCGGUGUUUUCAUUAUUAGUGAUUUAAGACAUCCAGCCGCAAGCGGGGCGUGGCACAUCCUGGAUCUGGUUUGUUUGGAUGCAAUGCUCAUGCCAUCUAGUGUGUCGUUGCUAUGGUUACGACUGGAAGUGCUAUCCGUAUCAGCGAGCGAGCGUGUCGGUGGUGGAGACUGAGUGGAAUCGUUGUAAAAUUGAAAGAAGUUUAAAGAAACCCGUUUCAUUGUAGGGUAUGUGCAACGCGUAUUGCUGCCGUGCGCGAAAUGUAUACCACUGCCGCAAACGAAUGCACGUCGCUUGUAUUGGGGCAUGCCGAGCACACACGUGCCCGGUAUGUCCCACACGCGUGCCCGGCUUUCAAACCGAGAUGGCAUAUGGUUUAAGUUCGUCACCAUUGACAUUCGGGUAAGUGACGGACAUCCGUGUCCACGACGUUCAUGUGCCUGCGGCUUUCAGGCAAGUGGAUGUCGAGGAAGGCUGUUGUUAGGCUGUGUGUACAUGCCGGGCAUCCUAAUGCGAUGAUGCGCUGAGCUUAACGGAUAUGACAGCAUGCUGCCAUGCCAACUAUAGCAUGUGGUUCGGGUCGCCUCAAGGGGCCUGAACGCUCCUGGGCGGUUGUCAAGCUAAGAAGCGAAUAUCCAAGGCAAUAAACGAUAUUUUACCCAUAA